AUGUCCGACACAUCCACCCAUCCAGACCCAACAACCCAAAAAUGUCUCCGUCGCAUCUCCCUGCACCCUACCCUAACUCCCUACCGCCGCCGCGUCUACCGCGUGCUCCUCUCCGUCCCGCCCGGUCGCUGGACCACCUACUCCGCCUUGGCAACGUACCUGGGGUCCAGCGCACGCGCCGUCGGCAACGCCAUGCGCACGAACCCAUUUGCGCCCGCGGUGCCAUGCCACCGCGUCCUGGCGGCUGACGGCUCGCUGGGCGGGUAUAAGGGCGAGUGGCGGGUCAGCUCGAAGAUCGGCGAUGGCUCAUUCCGGGAGGAAAAGCGAUUACGCUUGGAGGAAGAGGGGGUGUUGUUCGAAGCAGGCAAGGCGGGAGGGCAGUGUUUCUUGGAGUUUAAAGAUUUGGGGGCGAAAUAG